GUGUUAGUCGAGGUGACUGUGUGUGAUCAUCCAUGCUGUUAAUGGAUUGCUAAUUAAGGACGUCUCAGGUGAAGCCUAAGAAGGUAGAAGAGGAAAUGGAGGAGUGGAGUGCCAGACGUGUAAACAUUUCUUCCAAGAGACGGCCAGCAGCUAUGCACCUGUUCUCUCAUCUGCUGUUCUUGACAGUGACUCUUCACUUUGAUGUCAUCAUGGGUGGAAGAGCCCUGCGCAAACAGAGACAGGCUGAAGAGAAACUGAGGCCUUAUCUGGGCAGAGUAGAUCCAGAAUCACUAUGUCAGCUGUUAAAAUGUCACAGUCCCGUUGGUUCCUGGUGCCAAGUAGUGGAUGAUGGAGGCCUUCUUGUCCCGAAGUGUGUGUGUCCAAAGACCUGUCCUCGCCAGGGGGCACCAGUGUGCAGCGUUCUGGGGAAGAUGUACAGUAAUGAGUGUCUGCUUCACAAAGAGGCCUGCCGUAAAAAAAGACGCAUAGGCACAGCACAUACUGGAGUUUGUCUGGUGAGCGGGUCACAGUGCACUGACGAAGAGUUGGGGCAGUUUCCGUACCGUCUGUUGGACUGGUUCUUACUUCUCAGCAGAAUGGGAGAGAGAUACACACCAGCUGCUCCCUCACAAAGCUGCCUCACACACACACAACGAACUCAGCUUGCACAGAGGAGGUUUGAGCUUCUGGAUCGUAACAGGGACGGGAAGUUGAGCAGGAGAGAUUUGAAGAAGCUGCACUAUAAGAGGAUGCCACUGGAGCACUGCGCACAAAGAUUCUUUCAGUCAUGUGACAAGAACAAGAACAAGAAGGUGACCCUGAGGGAGUGGACGUCUUGUCUGGUUAACCGGUCAGAACGCUGGUAUCAAGAUUUCAUGUCUAUCAAGAUGGGCUCCCCAAAGCUGUGUCCUGUGCCGAAUGAUAACCUUUGAUUUCAGUUGUUGUUUUUCUGGGUGCUUUGUCUAUUCAGCUGUUCUGAAAGUUAUGACGAAAUUACUGUCAACAAUCAAAAUCUG